GCGUUAAAUAGGGGAGCUGACUCGCGAGGGUUUGGGCUGUUGGAGGAAGGAGCCCUCGUUCGCCGACUCUCUUACAAGUUACAACAGCUGCGGCAGCAAGAAGAAGAAAAGAAAGGGCCUAUCGCUCCCUCUGUCUCUAUCCUUCUAUCUAUCCCUGCCUCGUCUCUGGUAAAUAGCAGAGAAGACAGGCGGCUUAUCCUUAAUUUGCUGGUAGAAAUAAAAAGCAUGGGACUGGAGUUGCCAAAAUAUCCGGAGAUGGAGGAAGACAACUUCGUCAACUUCACGGAUUCUGAAAUAGUUUCUCAUGUGAAGGAUGCUCUCACCUCUGUCCUAUCUGGUGAUAGCAACAGUUAUAACCAGCUUGUUGGGGUCAUGCACCAUUCCAAGCAUCUUGCUCCUGAUGAGGUCGCCUUACUUGAGACUACUUUAAAGGCACUAGCUGGUGCAGUAUCAUGUAUAGACACUACUCUUCAUGACUCCCUUCUUUCUGCUAUUUUUAGUAUGAGCAUGUGGAAUUAUGGGCCUCAUGUUGCGGAUGCACUGGCCGAACUCAUUGUAUCCCUCGCUAUUUCAAAUGGAAAAUAUCUUGAUUUAUGUCUGGGUAUGCUUGUCAGCAAUUUUACCCCUCCACCUUAUUUCUUAGAUAAACUAAAACUGCCACGCGGUCUUGAGAGGAAGGGCCAAGUUCUUUCUCGGGUGCAUGCGGCUUUUAAAAAGAUUUCUGAUUAUAUUCCUCUUGCCCCUUUGAGAUUAUCGAACAUUGUUCUCCAAGGAAUGCCAACAAUUUAUCAUAAGGACCGAGCUAUUGUGAUUUAUGUGGAAAACAUGUUAAACUUGGAGUGUGGUGAAAUUGGAGAACUUGUAGGAAGCACAAUGCUUAUGGCAGUGGUGGAUCAGCUUAUAGAACUAGAUCUGGAGAUUGGAUGGGAUGCCAUUUUACAAGAUGACUUUAGUAAAGGCAUAUUUGAGAUGGAGCUAGAAGACGUGGAUGAAGUUGAGGAAAGUGCUGAGCAAGACACUGGAGAGUUUCGAUUAAGCCGUAAGAGUCUGGCUGGAAACAGCAUUGCUGAAUUGUUAGAUAACCUACUGGUUUUAACCUUUGAACAUCUCGAAUCCUGUGAAAGAGCUGGCCGCUUGGCUAAGGUGUUUGAAACUCUUCUCCAGUCUUUUCAGAUAACUGUUAUGAGUGCCUACAAGUCAAAAUUUACUCAGUUUGUGAUGUUCUAUGCUUGUGCACUAGAUCCUGACUACUGUGGCAUGAGAUUUGCCACAAUGCUGGCAGAUUUAUUUGUUCAAGACUCACAUCCACAACCAAUCAGGAUGAGUGCUGUGGCUUAUCUUGCUAGCUAUUUAUCUCGAGCAAAGUUUCUGUCAGCCUCUCUUAUUUCUAGCAUGCUAAAAAGGUUGGUGGAUUGGUGCUUGGAAUACUGCAAAACCCAUGAUGGUGAUAUAAAUCCAAAUGCACAUCGAGUUUUCUAUUCUGCAUGCCAGGCCAUUAUGUAUGUUCUCUGCUUUCGUAUGAAAGUUUUCAUGGAUGUUCCGCGCUUGAAGAUGCAGCUCCUCAUGCCAAUGGAGCAAAUCUUAAAGCAUAAAUUGAAUCCUUUGAAGGUAUGCCUUCCGUCUGUAGUAGAGGAGUUUCUACGACAAUCAAAAGCAGCUUGUCUGUUUACUGUGUCCAAAACGUUCAUUUUUGAUGGCCUGCUAGAGUCGGAACUCUCAAGGGCUUUUGGUGGCCUGGAAAGGCUUGAUACAUUCUUUCCUUUUGAUCCAUGUCUGCUGAAAAGAUGUGACAGUUUCAUCCGCCCAAUGUUUGUCUUCUGGUCAAUGGUAAAACCAACGUACGAUGAUGCUUAUGAUGACGACAAUGAUGAUGGCAGCAGUGAUGAUGAAUUGAUUCAGGAUUUUGUAAAUGAGAAUGAGGAUAUUAUGGAUGAUGGGGUUGCUAGGAGCUUUGAUGACCAAGGACUUGAUCUUGAUGAAUUUGACUGUGCAUUGAAGAAAAUGUCAAUCACACCGAAGAAUGGCUUUAGUUACAAGUUUGGUGGUGGAUUUCAAGAACCAACAAGAAUGCCUUGUAGAAUUAGGCCAUCGACAAGUCCAGAGUCCUUAUGAUUCUCAGGUGAUGUAUGUAUGUUCCAGAGAGAAAAAUUGCAGUUGAUAUACAAAGGGGAUGCUGAUGAGCUGAUUCCACAAACAGAGUUGGAGCCAGAGCAACGAAUGCUUGCUAUUGCCAUGCUUGAAAGUUUUAGAAGUUGUUUUUUAGGGUAUUCUGAGCUUCUUGUUCACUAGAAUUUUACUUUUAACUGAUAUCAUGUUAAAAUUAACUAAGGAGCUGGUACAAUUUACGGAUAGCAUACAUUUUUUUAUCGGCAUUCAAUUAGCUGAGUGUACAACAACGACCUUUCUGAUGAAAA